UGAUGACAUCAUCACUGGGACUUUCCGGAUGCGUCGGGGUAGACAUGUAAAAAGUUGUCUUAAAACUGGACUUCUCUUGCUAAUAUAUCACCGCAUAGAAGAGGAAGACCGAUAGAAGGAAACCAUGAAGGAGGGUAAAGAUCCAAAUGACACCGAAUGGUUAAGAUAUUAAGACGAUCUGUUGUCAACAGGGACAGAUAUAUUCAAAAACAGAAUGUCAACAACGCGGCCCCUUCUCGGUAUGAAGCGAGUCACCGAGGUAACCUGUAAGGAACCCCUGGGAAACAGGCUGUCGCCAACAGCGAGCAAACAACAGCAAGAGGCCCUGACAGUGGACGAAUUUGCUGUCUUUGAAAACAAGCAAGAAGAACUGAAAUGCGCUAAGCCCAGAGUAGAACAGGUUUUUCGGGUAGCUUUCACAAUUAUUGGCCUUUUGGACACUGGAGCCCACAGUAGUACGGCAUCAAGGCAGAUAUGGCUUCAACUCAAGGGAAAGAGAGACGACGUGUCGAGGGCAAAGGAGUACCUGAAAGGCCUGUGUGAUCCAGAGCUGCAGCAGGAGGAGCACUACCCUGUGGACAUGCACUGCAUCUUUGCCGGUGCCCGUGGUCUGUUCCUUGACCGACUGCUGCGGGACACCAGCGCUGAAGUUGUGAUGCUGGAGCCGGGCACACUGCGCCUGCUGGGCUGCUUUGAGUCUGUCAUCAUGGCAAAGAGCCGCGUGCAGCAGUUUGUUGCUCUCUUCCAAGAGAAGCGCAGCCUGCCCGGAGAUAGGGAGCCGGCCGUGAAACGCACCUUCAAGACGUUUGUGGAGGAGCGAGAUGAUAAGUACGCCAUGGAGCUGCUCCUGUUACCCAGUGCCCUGAAGGAAGAGCUGCUAGGUCUGGCCCAGAGCCCCACUCAGCCUGGUGGGGCUAUAGAAGUGGACCAGGAUCGCUCCCAGAGCAGCACCCCUGUCACUGACCUCUCCAACCGCAUCCUGGACACCAGCUUUGAGGACAAGGCGGUUGGGGCUGCAUCUGGGGCUGCAUCCGGGGCUGAGACGGGGUUCUUGAAUGGCGUCCGGCCCUCCCACAAACGCCGCUCGUCGGAGAGCGAGCUGAGGGACACCAAGAGGCAGUACUCCCUGGAGAGGAGAGAUGAGUCGAUGGAGAGAGAGCGCCACACUGUGGCCAGUGACAGCCGAGCUAAGACCCCCUCCAAGACCAACAUGGGGCUGAUGGUGCUGGACUCUAGUGAUGGUGCGGAUGACGGGGAGGCUGUGAGCCCUGAGACCAACCUGCGGUGCCUGGUGAACUUCUUCAGAACCAUGGGCUACCAGCAGGAGGUGGUGGAGCGGGUGGUGAAGGAGACGGGCCAGACAGAGGACACUUUUCUGUUGCUGGAGUGCAUUGUGGAGGAGAGCCAAAGAACAGAGAGGCAGCGAGGAGGGGCAUCCUCAACCCACAACUCUGAGUCUUCUUCCUCUACUUUCAACUCCAGGGAUAAGGAUAGAGGGCUAGAUAGAGUCCCAAACCGAGCCCUGAAUGUAAAUUCCAAGGAGAACAUUAAGCCACCCAGCAGCAAUGGUGUUGGCCAGAGGGGACAGUAUAGCAGCAUGCUGCAGACAGUGACACUAAAAAGGAGCAGCAGUGCUCAGGGGGCUGCUUACGAUAUCAUCACCAUCAAUGAUGACGAAGACAACACAGACACACUGGCUAGCAGUAAAGCCAGGAUGGCAGAGCAGAUGGAUUUUCCAUCGGGGCCCAGGAUGGACUACCUGUCCCGGGGAGGGGCUCAGACCAUGGGGCCGGUACGUGUGGAGAGUGUGACGGCACUGCGGAGCACACCACAGCGCCCAACCCAGCCAGCAGACACACGGCCAGGCUGCUCCUAUCAGACCCUGUCAGCCAGAGUCCCCCCACCCCGCACAGAGCCUGCUCCACCACCCCUGACUGCCACGACCCGCUUCCAUGAUUCCCUGAGAAACCCCUACACCCUGACCCUACAGAACGAGCCUGGAUGCCCUGAUCUCCGCCACAUCAUCAUUGACGGCAGCAACGUGGCCAUGGCGCAUGGUCUCCACCGCUUCUUCUCCUGCCGGGGGAUAGCCAUCGCUGUGGAGGCCUUCUGGAGGCAGGGCCACCGGGAGAUCACUGUCUUUGUGCCUCAGUGGAGGCAGAAGAGAGACCGCUACACCACAGAACAACAUUACCUAAACCAACUGGAAGACCUGCGUCUGCUCUCCUUUACUCCUUCCAGAGAGGUCUGUGGACAGAGGAUUUCCUCCCAUGAUGACAGGUUUCUGCUCCACCUGGCAGAGAAGACAGGAGGGGUUAUCGUCACCAAUGACAACUUGCGGGACUUUGUAAAUACAUCAGAGGCAUGGAUGAGGAUCAUCCAAGAGAGGCUUCUGCAGUUUACCUUUGUAGAGGACCACUUUAUGAUCCCAGAUGACCCCCUGGGGAAGCAUGGCCCUCACCUGGAGGUGUUCUUACGGAAGGACAACAGACGGAGCCCAGUCACACCUCCUCUGAGGCCAGACCCCCGAGCCACCCCGCAACCUGUCUUUGUCCAAGCUCUGCAGUCUGCCCCUCGCCCCUCAUCUGUCCCCCGCCCCACAGCUACCCCCCAGAUGAGACCACUCUCCCACUGGCCACAUUCUGGGCCCCCUGGGUGGCACCCCCCUUGCCCUACACCCUCACCCCCUCUCCAGCGGUCGCACUCCCCUCCCCCAACACCCUCCCCCCCUCCCCAGCGGUCACCCUCGGAAACCAUAGAGCUCAAAAGGAAGCUGUACGAUAUCUUUCCCGACCAGAAGCAGCGCAUUGACCGUAUCCUCAGUGACAACCCCUACAUGAGGGACCUGAAUGCACUGUCAGGCCUUCUGCUGGGAUGAAACCAAGCACACACACUGUACUCAGCCAUUCACACACAGAUACACUUACAAGUCUCUGUCGAAGGAGGGUGCCAAUAGUAGGCCUAUGUACAGAAAACUGAGCUAUUUAAAGUUUUUGUAUUAAAGUUGAUGGUCAACUGCACUGCUCUUGGAUGGCUAUUUGUUUGGAAGGCAUAACUCUCCUUUUUCUACACAUUUAAGUUCAGCAGUGUCCAUGGAACAUAUGCCAUUCAUGAAUAGAUUGCUUUCCCGAGUGAAACCAUAAAAUUGUGGGGAAGGAAUUGUCCAGCUGGCAUCUACUGUAUGUGAUGUCCACAUAUGUUCUCAGUACUUAUUUCCUGUCAUUUGUCUCUGCACAAGUCUUUAAGGUGUAAAACCAAAUUGCUGUAAUAACUGCUGAAGGAAGGUUAUUUUGUUAAUGUUGUAAUAUAAUUUGUUUCUGUAUGAUUUUGUAAAUAUGAACAUUGACAUGUGCAGAUAUGGUUUUAUGUAAUUAACCACACAAAUACAAACAGCUCCAUAAAGAAGCUUUUUUUUUUU